AUGAUAGGAGCACAUAUUAACACAUGUGAUAAUAAAGGUGACACACCUCUUCACCGUGCAUCACAGAAAGGUCAUCUGGAGGUAGUUAAGUAUCUCAUUGGUAUAGGAGCACAGAUUGAUAGGCCUAAUAAACUUGGUACGACGGCUCUUCUAACUGCAUCACUUUAUGGUCAUCUUGACGUAGUUGAUUAUCUCGUGGGUCAAGGAGGACAGGUAGGGGGUGGGAAUAAUAAAGGUGUGACAGCACUUCAAUGUGCAUCACACCAGGGUCAUCUUGACGUAGUUGAGUACCUAAUUAGUCACGGAGUACAGGUUGAUAGGGGUGAUAAUGAUGGUGUGACUCCACUUCAUGCUGCAUCACAGAACAAUCAUCUUGAUGUAGUGAAGUAUCUCAUUGGUAACGGAGCACAGAUUGACACGUGUGAUAACAGUCAAGGUCAGACACCUCUUCACUCUGCAUCAAUGAAGGGUAAUCUUGACGUAGUUGAUUAUCUCGUGGGUCAAGGAGCACAGAUUGAUAAGCCUAAUAAAGCUGGUACGACGGCUCGUCUUUUUGCAACGACCUACGGCCAUCUUGACAUAGUUCAGUACCUUGUUGGCAAAGCAGCAAAGAUUGAUAAGCCUAAUGAAACUGGUUCGACGGCUCUUCACGCAGCAUUAACUAAUGUUCAUCUUGACGAAGCUCAGCGUUCCAUGGGAUUGGGUCAAGGAGCACAGGAAGAGGGGGGUGAUGAUAAUGAUACGACACCACUUCACUCUGCAUCAUACGAAGAUCAUCUUGGUAUAGUUCAGUUGCUCAAUAGCGAACAAGCACAGAGGAAAGAAGCAUCACAUAAAGGGUCUGGAAGUGUUUCAGAGGCGUCCACCGCGAUGGCAUCAAUGAGUUUGAAAGUCUUUACUAAUGGCAUUGUUUAUCAGGAAGAUCUUGCCAAGGUUAUAGACAACAGGGAGCAGCUUGGUGUCAUUCUUCUAAAUGUUGCCAAGGCCUUGGACGAGGUGCCACAUGGUAGGCUCCUUCAUAAGCUUGACUUCUACAACAUACGAAACUCUAACCAUGCAUGGAUAGCUGACUUUCUUCGUUAUCGUACGCAGCAGGUAGUCCUUGAAGAACCGUCUCUACCAAGUUCCAUGUGGCAUCUGGAGUUCCGCAGGGUAGCGUCGUCUGCCCAAUGUCAUUUCUGCUACCAGUCAUGGAAUACAGAAGCAUCAUCUGGGAUCCCUUCACCCAAGCCAACAUCAUUAGAUAUGAUCCAAAGGAGAUAUGCACGCUUUGUGUGCAAUGAACAUCACAGAACGAGCAGUGUUACAGCCAUAUGCUCGACCAACUACAGUGACCAUCUCUGCAAGAAAGGUGAGGCUUCGCAAAGAGCCCAUGAACAGAAACUCCAAGUGCCAUAUGCUCGGACACAAGUACUGCAAAAGAGUUUCUUUCCUGAUGCCACCAGGCUCUAG